AUGGGGUCGUACCUUUCAACCGAGGAACAGCCAGAGUCUGACGAGACUUACAAAAUAUCAAGGUCAUCAUCAAGACACGCACAGCACAAUCACGAUGUUGAAUCAUCAGGUGGUUUUGCAAAGAGUCGUGACCAUUCAAGUGAACGUGGACGCAGUCAAGAACAACAUCAACAGGCAGAACAUUCGAAUGUGUCAGCUACUUACAUAUCGAAACGCACGAGGGCGUCCUCUACUGGAGCCAGUGGCACUACGAGUAACGUAAACCAGACGAGGAGGAAUUCAUUUACGAUUAAGAUAUUACCAUCGAAUAAGACAACCGACAAUACCAACAAUAAUAAUAGCAGUACAUCCAAUUCAACAGUCAUAUCAGGAGACACAAGCAACCCACCAACAUCACGCCGAAAUUCCUUACUAUUUUUUGGAGGACGAAGACACAGUGUCGCAACAUCGGGAAUGCAGAAUCUUGAAAUACCUGGCGGUACCGGUCUUAACGCACCCGGCAUACCAACCAGCUCAUCAACAAUCAAAAUCAUGCCCAAUUUACCACCUCCAAGUCGAAAAUCACGAAACACGAGAGAUGAGUGUACUAUUAUUGGCAGUAAUGACCAUACCGAUGGUGCUGGGUUCGGAAUGGAUGGUCCUGUUAGACCACGUUCGUGGGAUCGCGAUCAACUUUGUAUCGACACACAACCGACACACCAAGGAUUAUCAGUUGUUAUACCGCCACCGCCAGUGAGUAAAGAAUGGAAUGAUGCUGUUAGUCUACACAAUACCACCACCAACAAUACAAAUCCAAAACCACCACUCCAACAACCACAACACGCAAACUCAGCCCGAGGACUUGAUUCAGCAAUAGGAGAUAUCUCCAAUGUCGCCUUUUUCGAUCUGAAUCUACCAAGAGCACCCCUUACUACCAAAAUUGUCGUUCCGCCACCGAUACCACGACGUGGAUCUGCCAUACCAGAGACGCCUGUUUCUGCUAUACCAAAGAGCCCUCCGCGAGGCAAUGUGCCGAGAGCAGGCACAGCAUCGCUAGCAAAGAUUACCAAAUUCAAUUCGUGUACAAGCUUGUUUGUGGAUGCUACGUUGGUUUCUGCUGAUUUGCAUGAGACGCUUAGAAGUGCAUCAAUACUAAUCGUAAACCUGAUAAAUCAAAAACAUGAUGAGAUUAUAACAGAGGAUAUACUUUCUGAGGAACGGCAUCCACUAUCCCGACACAUCCAAUUCUACACCCGAAAACCAAGUGAAGAAGACGUCUACAAGUUCCUGGAAUGUAUCUUCCAUGCUGCUGAGUUGACUGUUGAAUGCGCUAUCAUAACAGUGGUAUACGUUGAAAGACUACUCGAAGUAACAGGAGUCACACUAUACCGUAACAAUUGGGCUCGGAUUGUACUUGGAGGUCUGAUACUAGCUAGUAAAGUAUGGGAUGAUCAUGCAGUUUGGAAUGUAGAUUUCUGUCAGAUAUUCCCGGAUGUUGAUGUUCGUGACUUAAACGAUCUAGAGCGAUACUACAUGACAAGCAUAUCCUUCAACGUGAACGUAAAAGGAUCGAUAUACGCAAAAACCUAUUUCGAUCUCCGCCAAAUCGCUGAAUCCAGUGGCCGUAUAUGGCCUUUACGGCCACUUUUGAUGAGAGACAUUGAAGCACCAGGUUCUACUGGUAGUCAUUCACCACGCAACAAGACAGAUACGCCAACGACAGCGAACGGAGCAGCUGGAGCAGUUAAAGCCAAUCCAAGGACACGAGAAUUGACUGGUGGGAAGGCCUAUGUGAGGAGGUCGGCAUCAGAUUAUUUCUUGAAGCAUGCACCUGUGCCUGCUAGUGUCAUGUAG